AUGUUAAAUUUAAUUAUCUUACUUCCAAUUUUCUAAGCAUACAUAUUUUCUGAUUAAGGCUAUUUCAAAAAUACAAAUUUCUAGAUUGACUCAUAGUUUUCAUGUUACAGCAAUUACAAAAACAAUUAUUUGAUUCCUUUUACAGAUAAUUUUUUAAACAUUCCUCAGAUCACUUUUUUUUGGAAAUUGCUUGACCUUUAUUACUAACCAUCAGAAUUUUAACUAGAUAUCUCAAAUAUUAAUACAAAAAGUAUAAUUAGAUUAUAUUUUAGAUUUCACCUUAACCAUUAAGUGUCCUUUAUAUAGAGUUUAUGGUGUAGAGAUUUAAUGGUUUGCAAUUGAUGAUUAACGCAUUGAAAUAAUAAGUCUAUUUAAUGCAAAUGAUUUAUAACCUAAAAUGACAUUUGAACAUAAAAAUCCUAAUGCUGAGUUUGGUAUUUUAAUACCAACUAGCAUUGCAUAAUCUGGUCCAUUCAAUCUUUCAAUUUAAGUAAAGUAUAUGAGAUUUCUUUAGAUAACAGAAAUAACUCCAAAUAAUGUCAGCAUAGAAAUAAAUAAUUUAAUAGAAAAUAAAGGUUCAUUAAAUUAAAUAGGAUUCUAAAUAAUUUUAGGCCCUACAGAAGCUUUCACUAUAAUAGAAAAUAGAACCCUUUUGGCUCCAUAUUAAAGUGAUUAAAUUUAAAAAUAGCCAUAAUCAUGGAUCUUUGUCGUUAUUGAAGAAUUUAUUUAUCGUAAAUCAGGCAAUUUAUAUUAUUUAGUGUAAUGGAUAGAAGAUUAAUCAACUAUCUCUUAUUAAUUCCCUUAAUGUAUAGAUUUUAUUUAAUUAUAGGGGGAAUUUUCAGUCAUAUCAAAAUCAAAUCUUAUUGGAUAACAUAUAAAUUAGCCAAUAAUUAUAUACGAUUGUAGUUAUAAAAAUUAGAAAUAGUAUAAAAUAGACUUCAAGUUUAAUAGACGACUUCAUUGCUUUAAAUUGAAAUUUUUACUUAAUAGAAUUAAAAAUAGAUCUUCAAUUCUACUGGUAUUUACUCCUUAUUAAUUGAAAAAUUUACCCAGUUACUUACAUUUAAAAUAUCUUAUAUCUGUUAAUAUAGUGAAAUAGUUGAAAGUAAUUUUCAAAAUGGUAAUGGAACUUUUAAUAAUUCAUACUCUCAUACUUAUAAUUGCAAUAUAUAAACCAAUUAAAUCAUCUAUACUAUUUAAUUCAAUACUUAAUAUGGUGUUUAUUAACAACUAAUUUUAAACUUUACUAAUUAAAAUUUUUUAGUUGAGCAAAUACUUUAUAAUUAAGUAAAAACUUAAGAUAAAUUAUUGGAAAUAAAAAUAUUUUGA